UCCGGAAACACCCAGCUCUCCUCCACCCAGUUUUCGCACAAUGAAAAAAAAAUCUAUGAAGGUUGAAAAACAGUUCAAAGACAGAGAUCAGUCUGUAAAUCUGAGUGUCGACCAAGAGGUCCAAGGUGAGGGCAGUGAUCCCUCUGUCCUUCAGCAUCAAAGAGAACUGGAUGCAGUAUUUAAGCUCCUUGAGGAAAACCUUUGGACUUUCAUGAAGGCUGAGCUGCAGAAGUUUCAGACCAUUUUGAGCUGUGAUUCCUCAGAGGCUUCAGAAAGUCCGAGGAAGAAGGAAGGCGUGAGGAGCACCGAAGACGAAGAGCAGGCGAAGCGUAGCAGCGACACAUUUCUCAAACUUGCUCUGCAGUUUCUGAGAAGAAUGAGGAAAGAUGAUCUGGCUGAUUGCCUUUGGAACAGAAGUCGUGCGACUGAAUGUUCGCAAAAAUUAAAAUCUAACUUGAGACAAAGGUUCUGCUGUGUGUUUGAGGGGCUCGCCAAAGCAGGAAAUCCAACCCUCCUGAACCAGAUCUAUACAGAGCUCUACAUCACAGAGGGGGGGGCGGGAGAGGUCAACCAAGAACACGAAAUCAGACAAAUUGAAGCGGCGUCAAGGAAGCAACAUGUCGAAGAAAAGCCGAUCAGACAGGAAGACAUCUUUAAAGCCUCCUCUGAUGCGGAGAAGCCCGUCAGAACAGUGAUGACCAAAGGCGUGGCCGGCAUCGGGAAAACAGUCUUAACCCAGAAGUUCACUCUGGACUGGGCUCAAAACAAAACCAACCAAGACAUCCAGUUCAUCUUCCCCUUCACCUUCAGAGAGCUGAAUGUGCUGAAAGACAAAAGGUUCAGUUUGGUUGAACUGGUCCAUCGUUUCUUUAACGAAUCCAAACAAGCUAAACUCUGCAGGUUGGAGGAAUUCCAGGUUCUGUUCAUCUUCGACGGCCUGGAUGAGUGUCGGCUUCCUCUGGACUUCCACAACAACGAGAUCCUGACUGAUGUGACGGAGUCCACCUCCAUGGAUGUCCUGCUGACGAACCUCAUCGUGGGAAAGCUGCUUCCCUCCGCUCUCAUCUGGAUCACCACGCGACCCGCGGCGGCCAACCAGAUCCCGCCUGCGUGUGUCGACGUGGUAACAGAUGUGAAAGGGUUCACCGAUGCACAGAAGGAGGAGUACUUCAGGAAGAGAUUUAUGGAUCAGAAGCAGGCCAGCAGGGUCAUCUCCCACAUCCAGUCAUCCCAAAGCCUCCUGGUGAUGUGCCACAUCCCGGUGUUCUGCUGGAUCAAUGCCACUGUUCUAGAAAAUGUGUUAAAAACAGGGCAGGGAAGAGAGCUGCCCAAGAACCUGACUGAAUUAUACAUCCACUUCCUGCUCGUUCAGACCAAAGUCAAGCAGGUGAAGUAUGACGGCGGAGCGGAGGCCGAUCUAAUCUGGAGUCCAGAGAGCAAGAAGAUGAUCGAGUCUUUGGGGAAAUUGGCUUUUGACCAGUUGCAGAGAGGAAAUCUGAUCUUCUAUGAAUCCGAUCUGACAGGUUCCGGCAUCGAUAUCAGGACAGCCACGGUUUAUUCCGGAGUCUUCACCCAGGUCUUUAAAGAGGAAAGAGGGAUUUACCAAGAAAAGCUGUUCUGCUUCAUCCAUCUGAGUGUUCAGGAGUUCCUGGCUGCUCUCCACAUCCAUCUGACCUUCGUUAACUCUGGAGUCAACCUGCUAGAUGACAAAAAAGGAACGCAAAGAGUAUCUAAAGUCUUUAAAAACAAACCUUAUCCUAAGAAACUUUACCAGACUGCUGUGGACAAAGCUUUACAAAGUCCAAACGGUCACCUGGACUUAGUCCUUCGUAUCCUCCUGGGUCUUUCUCUGCCGUCCAAUCAAAGGCUUCUUCGGGGCCUGCAGACUCAAAUGACAAACAGCUCACAAACCAAUCAGGAAACGGCCGAAUAUAUCAAGAAGAAGAUCGACGACAGCCAGUCUGCAGAGAAAAGCAUCAAUCUGUUCCACUGUCUGAAUGAGCUGAACGAUCACUCUCUGGUGGAGGAGAUCCAGCAGUACCUGAGAUCGGGAAGUCUCCGCACACGAAAACUGUCUUCGGCUCAGUGGUCAGCUUUGGUCUUCAUCUUACUGUCAUCAAAAGAAGAUCUAGACGUCUUUGAGCUAAAGAAAUACUCUGCUUCAGAGGAGACUCUCCUGAUGAUGCUACCGGUGGUCAAAGCCUCCAACAAAGCUCUCCUGAAUGACUGCAACCUCUCUGAGAAAAGCUGGGAAGCUUUGUCAUCAGUCCUCAGUUCCCAGGCUUGUUGUUUAAGGGAAUUGGACCUGAGCAACAACAACCUGGAGGAUGAAGGAGUGAAAGCCUUGUCCGCUGGGGUGACGAGUCUGAAGUCGCUACGGUUAGCUGACUGUGACCUGACCCGGAGGAGCUGUGAGACUCUUUCCUCUGUUCUUAGCUCAAAGUGCUCCAGGCUCAACUGUCUGAGUCUGAAUUACAACAACCUGCAGGAUGCAGGAUUGCAGCAGCUUUCCAAUGGUUUGAAGAGUCCAUACUGUAAACUUCAAACUGUCAGUUUGGCUGGAUGUAACCUCUCAGAGCAAAGCUGUGAAGCUCUGGUCUCGGUUCUCAGUUCUCCUUCCUGCUGCCUUCGCUCUCUGGACAUGAGCAACAACAACCUGGGAGAUUCAGGAGUGAAGCUGCUCUCUGUUGGACUGGAAAAUGAACACUGCCACAUGGAGACAAUUGGACUUUGUGGAUGCCAGCUGUCAGAAAGCUGCUGUAAAUAUCUAUCAGCGGUGCUCAGCUCCCAGUCCUCCAAGCUAAGAGAGCUGGACCUGAGUAACAACAAUCUGAGAGAUCCAGGAGUGCAGCAGCUGUCCUCUGGCCUGGGGAGUCUUCACUGCAAGCUGGAAACUCUCAGGUUGUCAGGCUGCCUGGUUACAGGGAAAGGUUGCAGUUAUCUGGCCUCAGCCUUGAGCUCCAACCCGUCUCAUCUGAGAGAACUGGACCUGAGCUACAACCAUCCAGGACUUUUGGGGAAGCAGAUGCUGUCCUCUGAUCAGAAGCUGUCCCCCUGGAAACUGACCACUCUCAGGUUGGAUCAUGGAGGAGAGGAAAGGUUAAAACCUGAUGUGAGGAAGUAUUUCUGUGAACUUGAAGUGGACAUGAAUUCAGUCAACAGAAAACUCAGACUUUCUGACAACGACUCCAGGUUUAGCGUGGGGCAAGAGGAGCAGCCGUACCCGGAUCAUCCUCACAGAUUCCAGCAGUGCUGGCAGCUGAUGUGUAGAAACGCAGUGACUGGUCGCUGUUACUGGGAGGUGGAGUGGAAGGGAGGAGUUCUCAUCUCGCUGAGCUACAAAGGAAUCGGGCGAAGAGGAAACAGAGAGGACUGCAGAUUUGGGAGGAACGAUCAGUCUUGGGCUCUGGAGUGCUCUGAUGUCUUUGGUUUGUCUGCCUGGCAUGUUAACAGAGAAACCAACAUCCCUCCUCUUUCUAACAGCCAGAGAAUCGGAGUGUUUUUAGACUUCCUCGCAGGAACUCUCUCCUUCUACUGCACCUCCUCCGAGACGCUGGUUCACCUCCACACCUUCAGCACCACCUUCACUGAACCCGUUUAUCCGGGCUUUGGUUUGUGGACUGGAGCAUCAGUGUCAUUGUGUUCAGCAGAUUCAAGCAAACCCACAGCUUAACGCUGCCACACUGUAAAUAUAACAGCAAUACAAUCAAUAACAUAAAAAAAGUUGAUUUAACAUCUAAAAUAUACACUUAUUAAA